CUCCUGCUCUUACACCGGCUCUGGAGUUCCCAGCCGCGCAGCAGCUGCCCCAGCCUCCCUCCCCUGGCGGGCGGUGCGGGGACAGGGAGCUGAGAGCCCCGGGGCGAGCACCUUCCGCAGCCGGUGGUAUAAGGAAAUGCUAGAUCUAGUGAUAUCACCCAGCCUGACAGUAAAUAGAGAGUGCCACGAUAGACUGAAGCUUAACCUUUCUAACAUUUAUGCCACGGCUCCAGAUGACAUAGAAGGUAAGUCCAAGCAAAUUGCUCAUAGUGAAAUCGUUGUUGAAUCAGGUAACAGCAAAGCAGCAUCACAGUGUCCUCUCCAUCUCUACUCCACAGAACAUCAUCCCCAUCUAGUGACAGUCCCAUCUUUUCCAACAAUGGCAACCUAUGGACAGACCCAGUACAGUGCAGGAAUCCAGCAAGCCGCUACUUACGCUGCAUACCCUCCACCAGGACAACCUUAUGGAAUACCCUCCUACAGCAUCAAAACAGAAGAUAGUCUGAGCCAUUCUCCAGGACAGAGUGGGUUUCUUAGCUAUGGAUCCACCUUCAGUACCCCAACAACAGGACAAGCACCGUACACCUACCAGAUGCAUGGAACAUCAGGGAUUUACCAAGGAGCCAACGGCCUGACCAAUUCUGCAGGAUUCAGCGCUGUGCAUCAGGAAUACUCGUCCUAUCCAAGCUUUCCUCAAAGCCAGUACUCUCAGUAUUACACCUCUUCCUACAACUCUCCUUAUGUAUCGGCGAAUAGCAUCAGUCCUUCAGCCAUCCCGACAUCCACAUACUCUCUCCAAGAGUCUUCACACAACAUCACUAGUCAAAGCACAGAAUCACUGUCUGGGGAAUAUGCAACCACACCAGUAAAAGAUACAGAAACAGACAGGCAACACCGAGGGUCUGAUGGAAAGUUACGAGGCCGAUCAAAAAGAAGCAACGAUCCUUCCCCUACAGUUGACAAUGAGAUUGAGCGGGUGUUUGUGUGGGAUUUGGAUGAGACGAUAAUUAUUUUUCACUCCUUACUCACGGGAACCUUUGCAUCCAGAUAUGGGAAGGACACCACCACGUCUGUGCGGAUAGGUCUUAUGAUGGAAGAAAUGAUCUUCAACCUUGCAGAUACACAUCUGUUCUUUAAUGACCUGGAGGAUUGUGACCAAAUACACAUAGACGACGUAUCAUCCGAUGACAAUGGACAAGAUCUAAGCACAUAUAACUUCUCAGCAGAUGGCUUUCACAGUUCAACUGCUGGUGCAAAUCUAUGUCUGGGCUCUGGAGUUCAUGGGGGAGUUGACUGGAUGAGGAAAUUAGCAUUCCGCUACCGUCGGGUGAAAGAGAUGUACAAUACCUACAAAAAUAAUGUAGGAGGUUUAAUAGGAGCUCCUAAGAGGGAAACCUGGCUGCAGUUAAGAGCAGAACUGGAAGCUCUGACUGAUCUCUGGCUCACUCAUGCUCUCAAGGCUCUGAAUUUGAUACAUUCCCGGCCUAACUGUGUAAACGUGUUGGUCACUACAACUCAGCUCAUACCAGCUCUUGCUAAAGUGCUGCUAUAUGGACUGGGCACAGUCUUCCCCAUUGAAAACAUCUACAGUGCAACAAAGACAGGGAAAGAGAGCUGUUUUGAACGGAUAAUGCAGAGGUUUGGGAGGAAAGCCGUGUAUGUUGUAAUAGGAGAUGGUGUUGAAGAGGAACAGGGAGCAAAAAAGCACAACAUGCCAUUCUGGAGAAUCUCCUGUCAUGCUGACCUGGAGGCUCUCAGGCACGCCCUGGAACUUGAGUACUUGUAGCAGACCCCAACGUCUCAGCGCUGGGCAAGCUUCACUCAGAGAGACAUCAGCUCAACCUAUUCUUUUGUAUUUUAUAUAACGGAUCCUACAACAAUUGCAGUCAUCUUUCUUCAAGGGGAACCCAUUGUAUGGAAGCCUUUAAAAAUCUGCAUCAGGAAAGCAAUGUAUCAAAUCCUUCUUCCAUUGGAUGGAGGGAAAAACCUUCAAAUCACCCAGUGGGGAUCCUGCAGUUUUAUGGCUAAAAUGGAUUCUUAGAGCUGAUACUGGACUCUUGACUGUUUUAUUGCCAUGUGAAUGGCUUUGAAGCACACAAAAGACUAGAAGUCCUGGGUCUACUUGUCAGUUUUCUUGCUUUGAAAGGGGGGAAAAGGACACAGCAUGGAAUUCUGGGCAUGCUCACUGGACUCUUCAUUACAUCAUGUGGGACUUUCUGAAAAUAAGAGUGAAAUAGUUGGGGGUUUUUGUAUUUUUUUAAUUUAUGAACUAAUCUCAUUACUCUGGUAUUAAGCUCUGUAUCUGUGUUUUUAUCUUCUUUUUGGGGGGGGGAGGGCAGAGGGUCCUACAAUUCUAAUUUAAUAGUUCUUUUCUCCACGAUAAACUCUGUGGACAAUCAUAUUGUGUACAUUAGUAUUGAGGACAUUUGGGACUGUUGGUAAGAAUUGUAGCUAUGUUUUUUAAACCUGAUCUAGAUGGUAUGUGGACUGUGCAUGUGUCUAAACGGUGCCUUAUGCUGCCAUCUUGUUUUCGGUGGGUGGGGAGAAGUAGCUUGUGAUGAAUGAAAGGCAUUAAAUAAAACUACGUUUACAUUUUGGGGGAAUAGAACACCUGCCUUCUCUUCUCUCCAUGCAUCGUUGGACCUAGCAGAUGUGUAGAAUUCUUGCUUUCCCUCUGAGUUAGAGACGGAGUAGGAGAACUUAGAUUGGAGAUGCAAAGACUACAGUCUGUGGGAACUCCCUGUGAUGGCAGGGAGCAAAGACAAUCACCUGAAUUAUGUUAAGUGCUAGAGAACUUGGCCAACAAACAACAUUUGUUCAUCUAUCAAGGGAAGAUAAAGUGCAAGCAAAUAUUACAGCUCGGCACAUUUAUUUUUGACAAAAAUAUUUAUGUAAAUAAAUGCAUAUGCAAAUUAGAUUCAGCCUACAAGCUCCUGCUGAGCUGCCUUGGCAACCCUCAAUGUCAAACAUUUUGGCUCCCUGGGCUUGGAUAAAUCUCUAAUUCUCUAUACAGAUUUUAUUAUUAUUUAUUUCUAUUACAGUAGCACCUUGAAACCCCAGUCAAGGAUCAGGACUUCAGGUUGCCAGGCCGUCUACAGACAUGUGACAAGUAAAACAACCCCAGCCUCAGAGAGGCCACAAUCUACAUGUCAUACAGGACGCCACUGGUGUACAAAACAGACAAAUUGGGUGGAUGUUGGUUGGGAGGAGAUUGUUUUAUUGUUACUAAGUUUAACAGAUCAGCAGAAGUCAGAGUUUGCCCCUUGCCUACCCAAUGCCAGAUGGGAGUAAUUUGUAGAUUUCACAGCACAGGAAGAUUUAGAGGAAGGAUGUAUGGGAGAUGAUUAAAUGGGCAUUUCCCCAAAACUGAGACAGUGUAACAAUGUAUUGGCCUCAUUACCAAUGCAGCAUAUUUACUGUUUGCACACAGGUGUGAAGCUAAAUAGGUUUUAAAGAUACAACAGCUGCAGCUAUAAAGCCUUCGAUGAGAAUCUCAAAACAGCCACUUCAGGAAAUAAAGAUCCAUUGCCAGCUCUGAGCAAGAGAGUUUCCUGCAGGGUGAGUGUGGAGUACUGACCACAGAAUAAUUUAAUCUCAGCAUCUGGCUCAAAAGUAUCAGCCACGCAGCAUCUGCAAAGUAUGUUAUCCACACUUGCCUACAGUAUGCAGGAGGGAAAAAAACCUGUUUCGGGUCUGGGCAUAGCACAGCACUAAACAAAAACAAGGUGUGGUUCUCCAGCAGAGGAGUCACUAGCCUUAUGGUCUGCUGAGAGAGGGAAUCUAGGACAAAGCAAAGUCUUUCUGCAAUAGUUUGGCUGGCAUAAAUAGAGAUUAAAUUUGACCACAAAACUAGCACAAGAAACCAGAGAAAUUGGGGGCAGGGGGGAAAUCUGACUGAGAGGCUCCCAUGAGAUAAACACAAGUGUGAGUAAAACCUCUGAAAGGCAGCAGCUCUGGGGAAUUGUAGGCCACUGACAGACAGUGAAGCUGCAGCUUUUAGGAACUUGCCAAUCAACUAAUUGUUUCUCAUGGAAUUCGGAGGCAUUGGCUAGCUCGUUUUACCCAAUAGCUCAUUCUUUCUGAAGCGAGUUAAGAGACUCCGCUUUCUGAACGUAUUCAGACAUUCUCAAGCUCGCUUAUGUGCUUGUGGUUUUCCUUUCCUGCACCCUCCAUCACCCCCAGCCCCCCACCCCAACAGAGUUCUAGGGCUUGGUUGCUCUCAUAUUUGUACACACACACCCUUGCUCUCCCCUGUGUAUUGCUGCACAUGCUCUCUCCAUAUUCAUUCAUUGCUCUCCUAGUUGGCUGUGUCCAUCUCUCCUAUGCCUCAGUAACAUUGAGUUGCAUAUGCCAGCAAGAGCAAUGAUAUGCCACCAGCUUCCAGACAGGGAGUGACAGGUGUCCUCCUCUCACUAAAAAGCAUGGCCUCAGCCUUCCCUGUCUGAGGGAAUCUAGGAACAUUUUGUUCAGCAAAUAGCUGGCUACCU